CCACCAGCAACUCCGCAAAAUUUUUCAGUGACCCCCUGUCCCUCCUGGAGGCCGGGGUUCAGCUGAGCCGGGCGCUGGCCGAGAGCGCUUGCCCCGCGGGGCCGUACUUCUCCCAGGCUGCGGCAGCUCUCGGCGCGGCAGUGGAGGCCUCGGAGCAGUUCAUCAGGGUGCUGGCUGAGAGCUGCCAGUUCAUCGUCUCCUCCCUCAGCGAGUACACGAAGAGGGGCAAGCAGCAGCCCUUUGGCCGGGAGGAUGUGCUCGGCCUCUGUGCCUUCACCGAGGGUCACUGCCGUGUCCUCCACCAGCUGCUGGAGAGGGUUCCUUCCGACGGUGUCAAACAGAAGCUCAUGGUGAAGCAGCUGCUCUACCGCAGCCUCCAGCUCUUUGCCAAUGUGGCCUACGACGCCUUCCAGUGCACCCAGCCGUUGCAGGCGGCGGGCUGGCCGGGUCUGGAGCGGCUGACGGCGGGCUGCAGGAGGAGCGUGGCGUGGAUGCUGGAGGCGCUGGAGGGGCUCCCGGAGAGCGAGCGAGCCAAGUACCUCGACGUCACCGUGUUGUGCACGUUCAAGCUGGCCUACCUCUUCUACAACCAGAACCUUCACGAGGAGGCCAGCUCCGUCUGCGAGCUCUUCUGCGAGAGGCUGGAGACAGCAGAUGCCUAUGCGUGUCCAGAGAUACCCCCGGAGAGGCUGCACAAAUGCUUCAGGCUGCAGGUGGAAAGCCACCGCAAGCUGGGGCAGCUGGAGAGAGCCCUGGCGUGUGUGGUGCAGUGGCUGGCCGCGCUGCGGGGCCGGAUCGGGGAGCUGCUGGCAGAGCCCGUCUCCCUCUGGGUCAGAGUCAAAACGGAUGCUGCGAAACAGGGGGCCGAAGAGUUACGGUUACGGUAAGUCCUGG